AUGAUCAUGGUUCACACACGCUUCAAUGAAUCGGAGCCCAAUCCAAACCCUCACAUAAACUUCAUCACUUCUCUUCCAACAAUUGACCCUCAAGAUCAAGAGAAUGCCAGGCAAUUUCUCCGUGCUCUCGCCGCCCAAGUUAGACCAAUCAUGAAAGCGCACGGAUUCGUUGUGAACAGUUUCGAGGAGUACGAGUAUAAUUCUGUCUUUUCUGGCAGAAACUGGAAUCAUGGUGAAACCGUCGAACUGGUUUUGCGUCGUCCCGGAGGCGCAUUUCUACCAACGUCUUGGUUGAUGAGCACCCUUUGCCAUGAGCUAGCUCAUAUCAAACACAUGAAUCACGGACCUGCUUUCCAAACCCUCUGGCGGGAUCUGCGUAAUGAAGUCCGUCAGUUACAGGACAAAGGAUAUUACGGUGACGGAUAUUGGUCAUCUGGGAAGCGCCUUGCAGACUCAGCCACCUUGCCUGGUGCCGGUGUAGAUCCUGGAGAAUUGCCUGAAUACAUGUGUGGUGGAGCUCAAAAUCGCUCUCGCCCGUCAUUCAAACGCCGCAAAGCCCGUCGCCACAUGGGAAACCAGACAGCAAAGAAACGAAAGCCCGGAUCGAGAAUUCAUUCCAGAUAUGCAUUUGCCGGAGAAGGUCUAUCUCUGACUGAUACGAAAAAUCCGGAAAAGGGAACAGGAAAAGGGAAAAGGGCUGCAAGUAAACGUGCUCGUGAAGAGCGGACUUUGGCAGCUGAACGCAGGUUAAAGCUCUCAGCGCUCGGAAACCAAGAUACACAGGGUGCCUACUGUAUUCAUGUUGAUGUGUCGUUACUCACAGGCAUUCUAGCGUCUACGUCUAAAACCGCGCAUUCUCCCGAAUCAGACAACGAAACAGACAGUGAUAUCGAAUUUGUGGAAAUAGAUGCAGUCUGCCGAAAAAACCUUCUUACCGCGGAGUCUGGCCCGACCCUUUCUCCCUCGGUGAUCUCGUGGAACGAUUAUGACAACGACUUCAUCUUCAUAGGGUCGGGACAAACUGGGGUCUUUCCGGCAUCUGAACCUUUGGAUGAACUUCAUGACAACGGAUCUUUACGCUGCAAUGUAAAAGGGAAACAAAAGCCCGCUGAUAGCAGGCCCAGUUGCUCGAGAGAUCUGACGAAUUCAGCUAUCGCGAGACCACCGCCUCGUUCCGCGAGGAUGGCGACCAGUGAAGUUCAGUCCAAGACACUCGGCCUUGAAUCCGGGGAGCAACGAAGGUUAGACGCGCCUUCCUCCUGUGUACCCUCAGUUGUCGAUUCGGUGGGAAGGGCCCGAGUUUUUCAAUACAAAAAGGGUUCGCCGCAUGUUGAUUCCAAUCAGGUCGGACCUCUAGAAAGUCUUAGUGCAAGCGCAAAGUGGAGUUGCCUUGUGUGUACGUUGGAGAAUGAACUCAAUCAUUUAGCUUGCUCCGCCUGUGGUACAACGCGUGGUGAAGUGAUAUGGGAUGGUCCGAUGGCUAGACUGGGUUCCUUUUAA